UCAUUACCUUCUACGUACUACUCAACUUGUAAGAGUUUCUUUAGGGCUAUUUUUGUUCUUCCUUCAAAGAACCAAUGGCUCUUAAGAAUUCUCUUUCUCUCUUCCUUCUCUUCAACAUCCUUUUCUUCACUUUCACUACAGCCACCCGGAGCACCAAUUGUCCUCCUCCACCGCGCAAACACAACAAGCACAAACCUAGCCCACCAACCACACCAACCACCAGCGGGACUUGCCCUAAAGAUACCUUAAAGCUCGGUGUUUGUGUUAACGCACUCAACUUGUUAAACGAUGUGACUCUGGGAACUCCUCCUGUGACUCCAUGCUGCAGCCUCAUCAAGGGGUUGGUUGAUCUUGAAGCUGCGGUUUGUCUUUGCACUGCCCUAAAGGCUAGUGUUCUUGGCAUCAACCUUAACCUUCCCAUCAACCUUAGCUUACUUCUCAAUGUUUGCAGCAGAAAGGCACCACGUGGUUUCCAAUGCCCUUAAAAUCAAACACUUUUCCAUAUAUAAGUUACGAACUAUGAAAAACCUUGAAUUUUUUAUCGUUAUGUCUUCUUUUAUGCUCGUUUAUUUGAAUUGGUGAAGUUAAUAAGAAACAUCUGUGGGUUUGUGUUGUUUACUUUUUGUUGUAUCGCGAGAGCUCCUUGUAAUUUGUUCAAUUGUCCUAUUUAAUAAAAUAUUAAUGAUUUGUGUC